AUGGUUUACGGCAACACUCUUCGACUACCUGGUCAGCUAUUUUCCGAAGAUCACACUCACAACGCCACCGAAGGUGAAUUUAUCGGAAAUUUAGGCAUACGCAUGCAGGCAAUGACACCGUCACCAACAACAAUUAACUCAGCUCAUGCCCCAUUCGUGGAAAAGAAUCUGCACACAACACCAUUAGUUUUUGUGCGCAAUGACGCAAUUCGUCACCCGCCUCAACCACUAUACGAGGGACCAUUCCCAGUAGUCGAACGCAACGACAAGUUUUUAAAAGUCAAAAUCCAGGGAAAGGACGUGAACAUCUCCAUCGACCGGUUGAAAUCAGCCUUCGUCGCCGAGGAUAGCCAAAAUCCGUCGAAUCAAACAACUCAGCCAAAAGAGUAUCAGACAAAAUCGGGACGACGAGUACGAUUUUGCUUUUCUGUAUAG